UUUCCCUCUCUCAUCACAGCCUUCCAGGUGGCAGGCAGCCAUUAGCACACUCGAGCUGAGCGGAAUCGCACCAGUAGCAAUUGCCCAUCUCGCCUUUGGAUAGCUAGCUUCCAUCAUGGCCUCCAAAGCCGAGCUCGAGGGCGAUAUCCAGUAUAUCAAGACCCCCAAGGCUCAGCCCUCGGCAUUUGAGUCGACCCAGGAUUGCGGCGUCCCAAUCACCAGCGUGAGCCUCGACAUUGCCCUUGCCGGCUGCUCACCGACCUUGCUGACCCUGAUCUCAGUCCGCGGCCAUCCACAAUGCCCCUUUGCCGGCCGAGGGACCCGGCAAUGUGAGCUUUUCCAACAUGGCCCUGGGCGGUCUGCUCAUUGGUGUGCCGAUCUUGCUCGCGCGCUUUCUCGGCGGCGGAUUCAAGACUACCAUCUUCUUCAUCAUCGUCUUGUUCUUCCCAAUCCUUAUCGCUUUCUGGGCCUACGCUUCUCGCUUCAGCCCUCGCAUCAAUGACAAGGUCCAGCUCCCUGGGCGCGCCAUUGAGCAGUAUGUGACCUUCAAGGACCCCGCGGACAAGGCCAAGUGGAGCGGCAGAAACACGGUCCCCAUCCAGACAUUCUCUGAGCUCUACGUCGAUGGAAAGGCCGACUUCAACGGCGAUUGUCUCGAUGUGCUGGAGCACCGACACGACUGGUCCAACUUCACCUUCACUUGGGAUCUGUUCAAGUUCAUCCUUUUCACCUUCUUCCGCGAUGUCGCUCUGCAUACCCGCGAUCAGGACAUGGAGCAGAUCCGACCCAAUUAUGACCGGGGCAACGACCACUACGCCUGGUUCCUGGGCCCUCGCAUGAUCUACACCAGCGGCGUCAUCUCGGACCCCGAAAAGGAGGAAACUCUUGAGGAGCUGCAGGACAACAAGAUGGCUGUUGUCUGCGAAAAGCUCGAGCUCAAGGAGGGCGAGACUCUUCUCGACAUUGGCUGUGGUUGGGGAACGCUCGCCAAGUUUGCCAGUGUCAACUACGGUGCCAAGGUCACAGGCCUGACCAUUGCUGAGAACCAGACCGCCUGGGGCAACGAUGUUCUGCGCCGCGCGGGGGUCCCGGAGGAGCAGAGUCGCAUCAUCUGCAUGGACUACCGCGAUGCGCCACGCAAGAAGUACAACAAGAUUUCGCAGCUCGAGAUGGGCGAGCACGUUGGAAUUCGGAGGCUCACAACGUUCUUCCGCCAAUGCUACGACAUGCUCGAAGAUGACGGCUCCAUGUACGUCCAGCUGUCUGGUCUGCGACAAGCCUGGCAGUACGAGGACUUCAUUUGGGGUCUGUACCUGAACAAGUACAUCUUCCGAGGUGCUGAUGCCUCGACUCCUCUCUGGAACUAUACUCGAUCGCUCGAAAUGGCUGGCUUUGAGAUCAAGAGCGUCGACACGGUCGGUGUGCACUACUCUGCUACUCUUUGGAGAUGGUACCGAAACUGGGUCGGCAACAAGCAGGAGAUCACAGCCAAGUACGGCCAGAGGUGGUACCGCAUUUGGGAGCUCUUCCUGGCCUGGUCUGUCAUUGCCUCCCGUCAAGGCAGCGCCACCUGCUUCCAGAUCCUGGUGGUCAAGAACCUUAACGCGACACACCGGAUCAAUGGCCACGGCUCUCAGUUCGGCAUCCUGGGCGCUCUCGCCAAGAGCAGAGCGAGCGGGAAGUCGACCAUUGCUAAGUAAUACUUGGCGGCACUGGUAGAGGAUUUUGGUCGGUCUGGGGGCCCAACCGGUCUGUCAUGGCGGUUGGUGGACCUUUGAGCAAGGCCAAUUAGCUACGUUUUGGAAGGAUGACCUCAGAGGCGUGCUAAAAAAAAAGAAAAGGGCAAAUAAGCGGUGAGGCGAUCAUAAGAGCUAGAGCCCAAUGCUUUAGAAGGAUCAAUCGUCGUGAUGGGUGACACAAACACCAUGCAAGGCAUGAAGGAUGGACCGCUUUAUACAUGUAUGAUUAAGUGCCAGAAAAUUCAUCUAGUAGAAGGAUAGAAAGACCAUCGGAACAGAACGUCUUGGCCAUGGAAUUGCUUGCAAGUAGGGGAAACCGGCACCUGUCGAUGGCCCUGACAUGUGGAUCAAAAUCGGGAUGCUCAUGGCCCUCCAGAUAGCC